AUGCCAUUGCUUAAUAAAAAUUCGCAUAAAAAAAAGCAUCGCAAUCGUCAGCAACAAUUGCAACAAACUUCGCGGUCAUAUCAACAGCCUCAAAUUUCAAAUGAUAAUGUUUUUAUGACCGCUUCAUCGUGGUCAGCCCGCACUCAGCCUCAUUCUCGAGUGUAUUCACAGAUUUAUCCAAGUGGACAAUCUGAAGAUGACAGUGAAUACCAACGGAGUACUGAUAACAAGUCUUAUCAACAACGAAAAGGCAUGAAAUCCUUAGGAUCGACCAAAAAUGGCCAAUCAAGUAGCUUUCCAAAUUUUCAAUCCUCAAGAAAUUCAAUGAUAUAUCGAUAUUUACCUGAUGAUAUACGUCAUUUACGUCAUUUCCACAAAAAUGAAUUUCUUUAUCCUUCUGGUGAUGAAAAUAUUGAAUCAAGUCGUGGUAUAAUUGAAAAAAUUCGUAACUUUUCUGAGAACACAACAGCUCACGGAGUUCGACGUAUCUUUAUUGCUCGAAAUCCGUAUACAGCUCGAUUAUGGUUAUUUGGGAUAAUUUUUUGCUUUAUUAUUCUAAUUAUUCAAGCACAGCAACUUGUGAUGAAGUUUAAUCGACACGAAAAGAUUACAAGCAUUGCACUCAAAUUUGAUUAUAUGCAAUUUCCGGCUGUGACUUUUUGUAAUCUGAAUCCGUACAAAAAAAGUUUGGUACGAAUGAUACCAUCUGUUAAAGACACGAUGGAUGUUUAUGAAAAUGCAAAAUCGCUUCGAAACGAUCAAGUAAAAGCGCAAAUGUCGUCUGGAAGUGUUAAAAAACGUUUAGAAAAAGUGAAACCUUUAUUGGACGAGUACAGUCUUGAACAAGAUCGAAUUUGGCAUAAAAGUCAUCUUGUAAAAAAGCGAUUAAAAGGAGCUGAAGCAGAAAAAACAAUGAAUGAUAUUUUACAAAAUUUUGAUGAAAGCACAGUCGUAAAAAUAUCGAGAAGUAAACGAGCAAAAGAAAAAGUGCGCUACGAGGUGGCAGAGGCACAUUGUAGAUGUAUUGGUCGUGCUGAGAUGGAGUGCAUCAGAUUCCAAUCCAUCCCUCCAACUGUUCAUGAUAAAUGCAUUUGUACAUAUGAUAACGAAAUGGAUAUGGCCUGGCCUUGCUUUAACAUAUCAAUAUGGUAUCGCGAAAGCUGUAAUGUUUGUUCAGGCGAUGGAUUUUGUGAACCGCGAGCAAACCAUGAUACUAAGGGUGCAAAUUGGCCAUGUUUGUGUCGGAACCGUACUCUUGACUCUGUGAGUCCUUGGUUUUCAAAUUUUUAUUGA